CAGCCCGCCGCCUCCCGCCCGUCCGAGCGCCGCGGCCACCUGCCUGCUCACCGAUGGAGCUGGACCACAUGACGAGCGGCGGCCUCCACGCCUACCCCGGGCCGCGGGGCGGGCCGGCCGCCAAGCCCAACGUGAUCCUGCAGAUCGGUAAGUGCCGGGCCGAGAUGCUGGAGCACGUGCGGAGGACGCACCGGCACCUGCUGACCGAGGUGUCCAAGCAGGUGGAGCGGGAGCUGAAGGGGCUGCACCGCUCGGUGGGCAAGCUGGAGAGCAACCUGGACGGCUACGUGCCCACCGGCGACUCGCAGCGCUGGAAGAAGUCCAUCAAGGCCUGCCUGUGCCGCUGCCAGGAGACCAUCGCCAACCUGGAGCGCUGGGUCAAGCGGGAGAUGCACGUGUGGCGGGAGGUCUUCUACCGGCUGGAGAGGUGGGCCGACCGCCUGGAGUCCAUGGGCGGCAAGUACCCGGUGGGCAGCGAGCCGGCCCGCCACACCGUGUCCGUGGGCGUCGGGGGUCCCGAGAGCUACUGCCACGACGCCGAUGGCUACGACUACACGGUCAGCCCCUACGCCAUCACCCCGCCCCCGGCCUCCGGCGAGCUGCCCGGGCAGGAGGCCGUGGAGGCCCAGCAGUACCCGCCCUGGGCGCCCGGCGAGGACGGGCAGCCCAGCCCCGGUGUGGACACGCAGAUCUUCGAGGACCCGAGGGAGUUCCUCAGCCACCUGGAGGAGUACCUGCGACAGGUGGGCGGCUCCGAGGAGUACUGGCUGUCCCAAAUCCAGAACCACAUGAACGGGCCGGCCAAGAAGUGGUGGGAGUUCAAGCAGGGCUCCGUGAAGAACUGGGUGGAGUUCAAGAAGGAAUUCCUGCAGUACAGCGAGGGCACGCUGUCGCGGGAGGCCAUCCAGCGCGAGCUGGACCUGCCGCAGAAGCAGGGGGAGCCGCUGGACCAGUUCCUGUGGCGCAAGCGGGACCUCUACCAGACGCUGUACGUGGACGCCGAGGAGGAGGAGAUCAUCCACACCAGUGAUUCACACCAGCCUGGAAAAGGAUCGGCUGGGCUCGAUGACUCACCCACGGCAGGCGGAGGGUCCCACGGGGCCCGAACCCUCACACUCAGCUGAGGAGCCGGGAGAGUGACGACAGGUCCUGAGGCUCCCACAGCGCCUCUGCCGCCCGCCAGGCACGCCCCGCCCUCUCGUCCCCGAGCCUCCUGCGCCGGAGGAGGGGACGCUGAGGUCAGCGAGCGGGGCUGCGGAGAGGACAGCGCGGCGGAGAGCUGGUGCUGGAGACGGGCCAGCGUGAGGGCCCGGGCCUGCCGCUCGGCCUGCCCCGCUGGCCACCAGCCUGCCCGCCCCCGGGUCCGCAGCGGCUGGAGCCGGCCUUGCUCCAGCCCAGGACCCCCCCCCCCCGCCAUCGCCCUUCCUGCGGUGGCCGUCCUCUCCCACCAGAGCUUUCCAGAAGCUCUGACGCCGAGGCCCCAGCCCUGCGAGGUCCCAGCCCCUGGGGCGUAAGCGGGCUCUCGGCCAGGCCCCGCCGUUGCCGGGGCCCAGACCCCCACCUCCCCAGACAGCAGCACCCCGGUGCCCACCGGCCACUCGCGUCUGCAGCGCCUGCAGCCCCAUCAGGCCCUGGCUGGGGUUCUCCUUUCCGCCUGUCUAGUGGGGGUUCCCGGGUUCAGAAGACUGAUGUCUGCAGGUGAUGCUGUCCGCGCCGCCACCCCGCACCCCUGCCAGCCCCCAGAUCUUAUUUUUGCACAUAAGCCAUAACCCAUACUCACGAGCUGGCAUGGGCUGCAGGGAGCCCCGGGGUCCUCAGGAGGGUGUGGCCAGCCCUCCCUGUCCCCAGUGGAUCAGGCCUUGAUGUCAGGCCAAGCUGUGUGCGUGUCCCCCCCUCCCCCCCCCUCGCCACCUUACCUGAAGACAGACUUUU